CCCACGGCUGGAAUCAUGGCGUCGGGCGCUUCGGAGGUCCGGGGUUCCAUGGCAACGCUGUCUGGUGUGACGGAACGGUAUUUCACCCGCUGGUACAAACCAGAUGUAAAAGGUAAUCAGUGUGAAGAUCAUUGCAUAUUGCAACAUUCUAAUAGAAUCUGUGUCAUCACUAUAGCAGAUGCCCAUCCUCUUCUUCAAAAAGGAAAACCAAUUAAGAGUAUUAGUUAUCAGAUUAGUGCAAACUGCAGCAGACUGAAAAAUAAAGUUUCUGGAAAGUCUAAACGGGGUGCUCAGUUUCUAACAGAGCUUGCACCUCUAUGUCGAAUUCUCUGCUCAGACGGGGAAGAGUACACCAUCUAUAGCUGUAUAAGAGGAAAAUUAAUAGAGGUGAAUGAAAAUAUUCUGGAAAAUCCAUCUCUUCUACAAGAAAAGCCUUUCACAGAGGGUUACAUUGCAGUUGUGUUACCAAAAUUUGAAGAAAGCAAAAAAGUAACUCAGGGGCUUCUGACAAGGGAAGAAUACAAAGAAGUUCUGUCAAAACGUUUUAAUUCCACAUCAUUAUGCAAUACAAAGAAAGAGAACUCAGCAGAAGUAUGAAAUACAUCAGAUAUCUUCCAGUAUGUCCCAUACUAAAGUGACUUUAUGGAUUUUCAUACUUUACUUUUGGAUGGUUAUAAUUUUAAUUGUUCAUUUUUAGACAACAAAGUCAGUGUUUCAAAAAUCUGAUCUGUAACUUUUAGUAUUGGAUUUAUGGAUGUAGUGCCAAAAUAUUGUAUUGUUCUUUAUGUCAAUAAAAGCUUUUGUUUAUU